AUGGUGUUAGAUAGCGGGUUGGAGACGGGAAAAGCAAAUAUCCGAAAGGAUCCGUGGUUACCGACACCUACCACCUUCUUGGCUAACCCGUUGGAUAGUCUAGAAGAAAUCAAGGUCCGGGACUUGAUUGACCCAAUCUCAAAAUCUUGGAAAGAAGAGGUCAUCUCGGCCGGUUUCAACCGGGAUGAAGCUAGGAAAAUUUUAAGUAUACCCCUAAGCAAAUCUGGCUGCCUUGACAGAUUAGUUUGGCAUUAUACGGUGAAUGGAGAUUACUCUGUUAAAACUGGAUAUGGAGUGGCAAUGAGCUUGAUGGAGAAUGGCGCCCUGGGCAGGAAUGGACGGGGUGCGCCUAGUGAGCACCGAAAGAACAAGUUGAUAUGGAAAAUGAUUUGGACGUUGCAGGUUCCCAACAAAAUCAAAUUUUUCAUAUGGAAGUGCUGCAACAAGGCUCUGGCGGUGCGACACAACCUGCAACGCCGUCAAAUACGAGUCGAAAACAUCUGUGGGGUAUGUCACACUUUUGAUGAAUCGGAAAAUCAUUUAUUCUUCCAUUGUGAAUUUAGCCAUCGUUUCUGGUUUUGUUCUCCUCUACACAUAAAUUCUCAUGAGUUGGCCGGUGCCGACUUCCUGGAGAGUUGGGAUAAAAUAUGUUCCAGAAUCAAGAAUAUGGAAAAGAAAGAGGAGAUUCUCCAGGAGGUUGCGUUUGGUCUGUGGCGUCUCUGGAAGAAUAGAAAUGAAGUGGUAUUUAAUGGUGUACAUAGACAACAUUUGGAAGUCAUGACUCUAUGGGGAAAGAAUAUUUCUGAGUAA